UGUGUGUUCGCGUGUAGUGGGAGGGUGGGUUCUAGUUCCAAAUAUACUUGUUUCGUAACGUAAGAAAAGAAGAAGAAAAAAAAAAAGCCGCGUCUUCUUCGCAUUGCGCGUCAUUCAAACAGGACUCGGUGUACCGCUUUCCCCUCUGUUGCAUUAGUAAUAACAGCGGCGUUGACGGGAGACAGCAGGAGAGAGAGAGAGAGAGUAAGAGAGAGAGAGAGUAAGAGAGCGAGAGAGAGAAAGAGAGAGAGAAAGUGUGUGUCUCUCCCGUCAGCGGUGCCCAGCGGAGGAAUAUCCGUGCUUUUUUAUUUACUCUGCAGCUUGUUGUUGGGGUUUUCUCCGCGUUAUGGUGAACUUGGACGGUCACGUGUGAAAGACAUCGCUGCGAGCACCGGAGAAACGGCGACUUCGCUCACCUGGCGCGUCUUUUCCCCCUUCGGCGAGGGAAACAUUCACCCCCACUCCCCCCUGCCCCUUCAAAAAAAAAAAAAAGGCUACCUGCCAUUUUUUUUUCUCUUGUUGAUAGCCGACUUCGCUGGACUUCUCCUGCUCCUGUGACAGAAAACAACAGCAAGUUCUCUCCCUCAGGGAGGAAAUAUGCACACUCUGUGCCCGUAGAAAAAAAAACAGACGACACACACUGUAAAUUCCAAAGUGGUUUUAAAUCAUGAUGAUGCAGGAGUCGGCCACAGAGACAAUAAGCAACAGUUCAAUGAGUCAAAAUGGAAUGAGCACCCUAAGCAGCAGCCAAUUAGAGGCUGGCAGUAGAGAUGGGAGAUCAAGCGCUGGUGACACGAGCAGCGAAGUAAGCACAGUCGAGCUGCUGCAUCUGCAACAACAGCAGGCCCUACAAGCAGCGAGGCAAUUACUCUUGCAGCAACCAGGCAGUGGCCUGAAAUCUCCAAAGAGCCACGACAAGCACCGUCCACUGCAGGUUCCAGUGUCAGUGGCCAUGAUGAGUCCCCAGGUGAUCACGCCGCAACAGAUGCAGCAGAUCCUCCAGCAGCAGGUGCUCUCCCCCCAGCAGCUCCAGGCUCUGCUCCAACAGCAGCAGGCCGUGAUGCUGCAGCAGCAACACCUGCAGGAGUUUUACAAGAAACAACAGGAGCAGCUUCAUCUGCAGCUCCUCCAGCAGCAGCACCCUGGCAAGCAGGCUAAAGAGCAGCAGCAGCAGCAGCAGCAGCUGGCUGCCCAGCAGCUCGUCUUCCAGCAGCAGCUCCUGCAGAUGCAGCAGCUCCAGCAACAGCAGCACCUGCUCAACAUGCAGCGGCAGGGCCUGCUCUCGCUGCCCGGGCCCGCCCCGGGCCAAGCCGCCCUGCCCGGACAGACCCUGCCCCAGCAAGCUGGCCUGAGCCCUGCGGAGCUUCAACAGUUGUGGAAGGAUGUGACCGGAGGCGGGGGCCACACCAUGGAGGACAACGGCAUCAAACACAGCAACAGCGGCAAUGGCGGCAACGGCAGCAACGGCGGCGGCGGAGGUGGCAACGGCGGCGGCGGUUUGGACCUCACCACCAACAACUCCUCCUCAACUACCUCCUCCUCUAAUCCCGCCAAAGCGUCGCCGCCCAUCUCCCACCACUCCAUUGCCAACGGACAGUCCCCAGCCCUCAACCACAGAAGAGAGCGGGAACGGGAGCGGGAGCGGGAAAGGGAGCGAGAGAGUUCACUACAUGAAGAAAGCGGAGGCACCCACCCUCUGUACGGUCACGGUGUGUGCAAGUGGCCCGGCUGUGAGAACAUCUGCGAGGACUUCGGACAGUUUUUGAAGCAUUUAAACAGCGAACAUGCCCUGGAUGAUCGGAGCACAGCCCAGUGUAGAGUCCAGAUGCAAGUCGUACAGCAGCUGGAAAUACAGCUUUCUAAAGAACGUGAGCGUCUUCAGGCGAUGAUGGCCCACUUGCACAUGCGGCCCUCGGAACCCAAGUCAUCUCCCAAACCACUCAACUUGGUGUCCAGCGUCACCAUGUCCAAGAACCUGCCCUCGGCAUCGCCCCCAAACUUACCUCAGACACCCACCACGCCCACAGCACCCAUCACACCCAUGGCGGCCAUGCCACAGGUGCCAUCAGUACUGGGAGGAGCGAACGUCCCCAGUAUGGGAGCCAUGCGCAGACGCCACUCUGACAAAUACUCCAUGCCUCUGUCGUCAGGUGGUGACACAGUAUUUAUUUUUCCAGAGAUUGCCCCAAACUACGAGUUUUAUAAAAACGCAGAUGUCAGACCGCCAUUUACUUAUGCAACCCUCAUAAGACAGGCUAUCAUGGACUCUGCCGACAUGCAGUUAACGCUUAAUGAAAUCUACAGCUGGUUCACACGCACGUUCGCCUACUUCAGACGCAACGCUGCAACUUGGAAGAACGCCGUUCGCCACAACCUCAGUCUGCACAAGUGCUUUGUGCGUGUGGAGAACGUGAAGGGGGCGGUGUGGACGGUAGACGAGAUGGAGUACCAGAAACGCAGGUCGCAGAAGAUCACAGGAAGCCCAUCGCUUGUCAAGAACCUGCCCUCCAGUCUUGGCUAUGGAACUGCACUAAACGCCAGCUUACAGGCGGCCCUGGCUGAGACCUCCCUGCCCUUGCUGGGGACCCCCGGCCUCAUGAACAGCGGCUCCACGGGCCCGAUGGGAGGCAGCUGCCACGGCCUCCUGGGCGGAGAUCCGUCCAUCCUGACGGGCUUGAGUCCGCCCGGACUGUUGGGCGGGAGCCCGACCGGGAUGCUGGGCGGGAGCCCGCAUGGGCUGCUGGGCUGCAGCCCGCCAUGCACGCUGAGCGGCAGCCCCCCCACCCUGAUGCACUCUGCCCACGACGGUUACAACGGCUCACUCGACCACCUGGACACCAACGGACACAGCAGCCCCGGGUACUCCCCACCAGUACACAUGCCUCCCAUUCACGUGAAGGAGGAGCCACUUAACAUGGAUGAAGAUGACUGUCCGAUGUCCCUGGUGACGACAGCCAAUCACAGUCCAGAGCUGGACGAUGACCGGGAGCUGGAGGAAGGGAACUUAUCAGAGGACCUGGAGUGACUAGGAUACCGUUUUUGGUCGACACGUCCCUCCCUUCCCCCAGCCACACUGUUUCUCUCACACAAACCUCCUGCAAGACUAGAAACCACUUCACAGUCCGAGCAACCACAGCUGACUCUCUCACCACUGGGACUAUUUAUUGAGCAUGCAUCCGGAUGGAGACCAGUCCAAAGGAACUGUUUGUUGCAGCCCUUUGGGAUCCCCCACACAUGACAGGCAUGAGAUGUCUGAUUAAAAGAAUUAACUCUCUGAGAUCUAUUUCAUUAGACAAGGCGUGGUCACACACAAUACAAGGAUGAUGGACUCAUGGAUGGGGGGGGAGGGGGCAUGAAACAAAUGAGCAAAUCAUGUUCCGUUUGAAAGCUAGCGGCCUCAUAUACUGCCAAAAAGGAAGACGUUUUAUGUUUGUGAAUAAUCCAACCCCCCAGUAGUUGUUCGUGUCUAGAGACAAUUGCUGGUUCAAUUCAAGUUGUUGCUCUGUUAUCAUUUGCACAGGAGUAGUCUCAGAAAUGUGUGUCACUGCCUGUAUGUUGCUACUAUAAUAGAACCAGUACAUUAUUUUUAGCUUCUCAAUUUUUUUUCUUUCUUUUUACCAUUGUUAAUUUCAAGAUCUGAUUUUAGACACCAACAACUGUAAAUGCCAUUCCUGAAUCAAAAACCAUAAUGGAAAUGCGGGUACCAAGACUGUUGUUACAGCUGUCCAGAAAAAAAAAAGAAAAAAAAAAGGUUGCCUUCCAGUCUGUUAUCUGUUUGUGAUUUAAAAAAAAAAAAAAAAGAAAAAAAAAACUGGAAAUUAAGUUGGGGAAAAUAUUAGUUUGUAUAAAGCACCAUUUACAAAAACCAAUGCAUUUCCACAUCAUCUUCUUCUUGCUGUUCUCCUUACCUCCUCGUUCUAAAGCUUUGUCUACCUGCAAACAGUCACAGGCAACAGCUAGAAACCAAAGCCAACACUAGCAAUGGCCAAUAGCUUAUAGACAGAAGCCACCAAACUCCUCUUGGUCCCACUUCUGUGACUUUAAACUAGUACAAAGAGAAGCUUUUGUUCCGCAAACUACCUUCGAAUAACCUCUGGGAUUGUUUCAUUUAGCCCUAUACAAAGAUGAUCACGAGAGAGAAAGAGAGGGGGGGGGGGCGG